AAAAACCCAAUCGGAUGGCGAUUUUCAGAGCGAGAGCUUUCAAAGCACUCUCCGAACUGAAAUCCAAUCUCUCAUUUUCUCAAAUUUCAAUGAAUCAGAACCGUCGGUGCUCUUCGAUCCCCAUUCAAUCGCAGUUAGAGUUGACUGGAUCAAUGGUGUAGAUCACCUCAUAGGGUUGGAUUCAUAGGCCUUGGUAACAUGGGCUUCCACAUGGCGAAUAAUCUGGUUAAUGCAGGAUUCAAAGUUGUCGUCCAUGACAUAAACCGUAAUGCCACGAAGAAGUUCUCAGACAAGGGAGUUCCCACAAAAGAAACGCCUCUUGAAGUUGCAGAAUCAAGUGACGUGAUAAUUACCAUGCUGCCUUCAUCCUCCCAUGUGUUGGAUGUGUAUACUGGAGCAAAUGGAUUGCUUCAUGGUGAGAAUCUUCUGAGGCCAUGGUUAUUGAUAGAUUCAUCUACAGUCGAUCCCCAUACUUCAAGAAGGCUUUCCGAGAGUAUCUCUAAAUGUGUCCUGAAAGAAAAGAAAGUUUCGUAUCUACAAAUGCUUGAUUGGUCUCCUAAACUACAUCCUGGACUAUCAUGCAAGUCACAGGCAAACAAAGGGAAAAGGCAUCCCGGUUAUGUUGGAUGCUCCUGUGUCUGGAGGUGUUCUUGGUGCAGAGGCUGGGACUCUUACAUUCAUGGUGGAACCCACCAUGUAGAUGACUUGAACAAACCGGUUGGUGGCUUAGAGGAGGCUUAUCUUGCUGCGAGACCCUUAUUUCUAUCAAUGGGAAAACGCGCCAUCUAUUGUGGUGGAACUGGCAAUGGCGCUGCAGCAAAAAUUUGCAAUAAUAUAGCAAUGGCUGUAAGCAUGCUCGGGGUUUCAGAAGCUUUUGCUCUAGGUCAAUCUCUGGGAAUUACAGCGAGCACACUGACAAAUAUAUUCAACUCUUCAAGUGCCUGCUGUUGGAGUAGUGACACUUACAAUCCGGUUCCAGGAGUGAUGGAUGGUGUGCCUUCUUCAAGGAAUUAUGUUGGCGGGUUUUCAUCUAAGCUGAUGGCUAAAGACUUGGAACUAGCUGCAGUAUCAGCUGAAGAAGUUGGUCUGAAGUGCCCGUUCUCUUCUCAAGCAAGAGAAAUAUAUGCAAAGCUAUGUGAAGAAGGUCAUGAAUACGAGGACUUCUCAUGUGCUUUCCGCCACUACUACUCCGGCAAGGACGAGAGGUCACCACCAUAGGCAGUCCUCCCCAGAAACCAAAACUACAA